AUGGUUCUGGCAAAGUCUAAAACCUCGGUGGGUUUGGGAAAUGCCCUGAUGAAUGAUCGCUUCGGCAAGGGCAAAGGCAGCGACAGGAAGAGGACCUCUGCCAUCACCAGGACAAACCACGCCACCGGCGAGCAGUACCUCGUCAACGAGAAGCAGGAUGCCGCCUGGGUCAAGAUGCGAUCCGUCACCGAGCAGGGUGCUCUCGACGAGUUCCUGGCUACUGCCGAGCUGGCCGGCACCGACUUUACUGCUGAAAAGACCAACAACGUCAAGAUUAUUCACACCGAUCAAAGGAACCCUUAUCUUCUCUCUGCCAACGAGGAGAGGGCCGUUCUUGGAAAGCACAAGCAGCACAGGGCUCGUCUUACAGUGCCUCGAAGACCCAAGUGGGAUAGCACAACUACACCCGAGGAGUUGGACGUUAGAGAGCGAGAGAGUUUCCUUAACUGGAGGCGUGGUCUGGCCGAGUUGCAGGAGAACAACGAUCUUCUCAUGACCCCCUUUGAGCGAAAUCUGGAGGUUUGGCGACAGCUGUGGCGAGUUAUCGAGCGAUCAGAUUUGAUUGUCCAGAUUGUCGAUGCCAGGAAUCCCCUGCUCUUCCGAUCCGAGGAUCUUGAGAACUAUGUCAAGGCUGUCGACCCCAAGAAGGAGAACCUGCUCCUCAUCAACAAGGCUGAUAUGAUGACACUCAAGCAAAGGACAGCAUGGGCAAAGCACCUGCGAGCAGCAGGUAUCUCAUACCGGUUCUUCUCGGCGCAACUGGCCAACGAGUUGAACGAGGCGAGGGACUUGAGCGACUCAGAGGAGGAGGCUGGCCCUUCAUCAUCUGGCAAGGCUGCAGAGAAGGAGCCCGCAACUGAGGAGGAGCAGGGAGAGGACAAGCAACAAGAGGGCGCUCCUCUGACGGAAGAGUCCGUGGCAAAGGUUGAGACAAGGACAGAGGAGGAGGUUGAUACCCAGAUUCUUACCGUGGAAGAGUUGGAAGACAUCUUCCUCAGACAUGCACCAACAGAAGAAGGCGCAGAUCGCAAACUCCAAGUCGGCCUGGUCGGUUACCCCAACGUCGGUAAAUCAUCCACCAUCAACGCCCUCAUCGGCGCGAAGAAGGUCUCGGUCUCCUCCACCCCCGGAAAGACCAAGCACUUCCAGACCAUCCACCUGAGCGACCGAGUCAUCCUAUGCGAUUGCCCCGGUCUCGUCUUCCCCAACUUUGCCACCACAAAGGCCGACCUCGUCUGCAACGGUGUCCUCCCCAUCGAUCAGCUCCGCGAGUUCCUGGGCCCCGUCGGCCUCGUCACACUGCGUGUGCCCCAGCCCUUCCUCGAGGCUAUCUACGGAAUCACAAUCCGCACUCGCCCUAUUGAGGAGGGCGGUACCGGUGUCCCAACCGCCGCUGAGCUCCUCCGUGCCUAUGCCCGUGCCCGUGGCUUCCAGACCCAGGGUCUCGGACAGCCCGAUGAGUCUCGUGCCGCACGAUACAUCCUCAAGGACUACGUCAACGGCAAGCUGCUCUUCGUCUCGCCGCCCCCUGGAAUCGAGGACGCGGCCGACUUCAACCGUGAGCUCUAUGAUGAGCAACACCUCCCUGAGAAGCGCCGUGCUGCCCUCGCCGCCGCCAUGGACCACCUCUCUGUCGCCGAGUCAUCCAACAGCUCUCACUUCAUUCCCAUGGACGAUGACUCGAUCGACCUCGCCUCCACCGCAGACGUGCCCGUCCCCGCCGGCCCCAAGUCCAAGCAGCUGGACAAGGGCUUCUUCGGCCCCUCGGGCUCCCAGGGCCACGUCACCAAGCCCUUCAACUACCAAUACUCGGAGCAGGGCAAGGAUGAUGCCCUCGCCGGCAAGCACCUCUCAGGCCGCAAGGCUCGCGCCGUGGUCGCUCUAGAAAACGGCCUCGACCCCAAGGAGGUUCAGAUGGCCUCAAGCAAGAAGCACUUCAAGGGAAACCCCAAGGGUGGAAAGGGCAAGCGUCGUCUCGCUCGAAGGGCCAACGAUGACGAUGAUUAG